UAAGUUUGUCUAGACCGAACAGGAUCAGUAGCAUUUAACUUUUACCGGCGUUUCAUUCUGUGACUACGCACUGAACGCACAUGCACAAACAAUAACGUCUUGAAAGAAACGUUAUCGCCGUGCGUAAUCUGGUCCUUGAUUUGAAGAAGAGCAGCACUUUCUAAUUUGGUUACUUCACGCAUUAAGAGUAAAUAAACCAACCUAAUCCAACAGGUGCUGGGCUCUUAAGAGAAAUCGCAUAAUAGCGUUUAACUUUGGUGAGAAGUUUCGAUAGAAAAAAAGUUGACUAGAGGGCGUGUCCUGAACUAUGUCGUGCUUGUAGUGUGCUUCUUACAUCUGGAACGCAGCUGCCUUGCAAAGGCUCGUUUUGCAGCAGUAAUUUUUCUGCGAGAGUGAUCUGCAAUUCCAAGAUCGUUCCAGUUUCUCUGGACGGGUAAAGUGCAAGUUUAUUUAGAGUGAACCAAAUGUACUACCAAACCUAAAACUUCUUUGUUGACCAUUACCGAUACCUCAACUCCUGGAUUUAAUUGGUUGACGAGUUAUUGUUCUGUCUUCUGUAUUCGAAUACCAGCAAGGAUGGAUCUCCUGUCUCUGGUGGUUGCUUUCUGCUCAUGUCUAGUGCCUGCUUAUGGGUCAGCUUUUGGCAGGGAAAUGCCUGCUUCUUCAAUGAGUGCUGACUCUGAGGGCAUAGACUAUGACAGCCCGUUUUAUUACGACUACGAGUCGCUGCGCAUUGGAGGCCUGGUCUUCGCGGUGACUCUCUUCAUCCUUGGCAUUGUGCUUAUUUUCAGUCGGAAAUGCCAAUGCAAGUCAUCUAAACCAGCAAGGGCUGACCCAGAGUCUGCAAUCAUGAGGAGCUAAGCAUGAUGUAUGGACAUGACAGGUCUGACCCCUGGUGCUCCACUUUAUCCUAUGCCAGCCAUCGCCUCCAGGGCGCCAGCAGAGGGCUUCCCACACGACCCACUGAUGGAGAGAGAGAGACAGAGACACACAGAGACUGGUCUUUUUUCAUAGAGCGAGACAAAGCCACAGACAUCUUUACACCAGUUUUGCUGAAGUUGCAUUUACACACACACCCCCGCCCACACACACACACCCAUCUACCGGCAUUACACAGCUUUCCUGCUGUUUAGGCCUGCCUAUAGUGAGAUUAUGUUUACGCAGGACUUCUUACAUAAUCAAGUCACUGAUAUUGCUUGUGUAACUGUAAAGUGUUUAUUUCACUGAUGUACGUAUUUUAUGGUUGUAUGCGUACCUGCAAAAGACACUGAUACACAGAGCACGAGAAGAAAAAAGGUACAUUAUUACUGGCUGCAGUUUUGAGAGACACUAUCCAUACCAUUGCAUUCAUCCAAAUGUCUUAACAUGCCUAAUUUUUUGUUUAUGAAAAUGAUUUGCCUAUGCAGUAUUUCCUAUUUUAAAUGAAAUGUAAUAAGCUGAGCUUGAUCGCCUUCUAUGCUAGCCUGUAGGUUUUAUAAACUGAGGAAAAAAAAAUAUAUUUGUGUUGUGUAAGGCUUUUAUUCUACACGAAGAAAUAAACAAACUGUUGACAUGAAAA